AUGACCUGGGGCCCUGACAACGUGCGGAAAUGGUCAACCCUGGCGCUGCUGGCCAUCAUGGGCACAGCCCUGACAGCGGCCACCGACCCUGGCUUCGUGGCCAUGAUCUCCAAGAAGGGUCUGGAUUUCGCGUGCCAGCAGGGUGUGGUCGAGUUGCAGAAGGAGCUACAAGCAAUCAAUGUUCCUGACUUCUCUGGAGUCUUUAAGAUGAAGCACCUAGGAAAGGGUUCCUAUGAAUUCUACAGCAUGGCUGUGGAUGGCUUUUAUAUUCCUAAUCCCAAGAUCAAGCUGCUGCCCAGUGAUGGCCUCUACCUGUCCAUCAAAGGUGCCAGCAUCAAGAUCAGUGGAAAGUGGAAAUCAAGGAAGAACUUCCUCAAAGCCAGUGGCAAUUUUGACCUGAGCAUCCAGGGUGUCUCCAUCUCCGUUGAACUGACGCUGGGUAGUGACACCUCUGGCCACAUCACCACCUCCUGUUCCAAUUGCGGCAGUCACAUCGACAGCGUCCAUAUCAAAAUCUCGGGCAGCAUGCUGGGGUGGCUGAUCCGACUGUUCCACAGGAAAAUUGAGACUUCCCUGAAAAACAUCAUUUACAAAAAGAUCUGCAAGGUCGUGAGAAACUCUGUGUCCUCCAAACUGCAGCCUUAUGUGAAUACUCUUCCAGUGAUAGCCAGAGUGGAUGAUGUGACCUCGAUUGACUACAGUCCGGUAGCUCCUCUGACGACCACGGAUGAUUUCCUGGAGGGGCAGCUGAGGGGGGAGUUUUUCUGGCGUGGACACCGUGGCCCACUUCCCAUUGACCCGCCAGUAAUGAGGUUUUUACCCAACAAUGACUACAUGGUAUGCAUGGGCAUCUCUGACUACUUCUUCAACUCUGCGGGAUUUGCGUACCAAGAAUCUGGAACCUUGAAAAUAACCCUGGAGGACCAAUUGUUAUCAAAGGAUCCCAGAUUCCAGCUGAACACUGACCUCCUUAGCACCUUCCUGCCCAAGGUGGCCAUGAUGUUCCCGGGCAUGGGUGUGCAGCUGCUCAUCUCAGCGCCCUUGUCUCCACACCUGAUCAUACAGCCCUCAGGCCUUUCGUUCAGACUUAAGCUGGAGACCCGGGCCUUUGUGAUCCUCCCCAAUGCCUCCUUGGUCCCUCUCUUCGUCCUUGGCAUGGUAAGAAGGAAAACAAAUGCCUCUUUGGAAGUGGAUGCUAAAGAAAACAGGCUUGUUGGAGAGAUGAAGCUAGGCAGGCUGUUGCUGAAACUGAAGCAAUCCAACUUUGGCCCCUUUAAGGUGGAGUUACUGGAGGAUGUCAUAAACUACCUCAUACCCACAAUGGUGCUGCCUGGGGUCAAUGAGAGGCUGCGUAGAGGUUUUCCUCUCCCUUUGCCUUCUGGGAUCCAGCUCAUCAACUUCAUGUUUUACUCCUACCAGAAUUUCCUGUUGCUUGAAGCGGAUUUACACCGUAGCUGAGAUCACCUCGGACCCUGGGCCAGGAAGCUCUGCAGCUGCUCCCAAGGGGCUAUCACACUCACCUGGCUGUCCUACUCCAGGACUUCUUUAGUCUUUGGCCCCUGACCUGCAGCCCCCUGCUUGCUUCCCCAUGCUCAGUUCCUGAAAUAACCCAAGCCAGUGGAAGCUGAGGGGAAAGCAGGUCUGUGUGCUAAGGCUCCGGGGCUCUUUCAGAGCAGCCCCUCCAGCAUCCG